GGGACAGUCCGGGCAGCGCGGCUGGUCCUCCCUGGAGCACGAGAGACCUGCUGCUCGCGGCCUCUCGGGGUCAGCGUCCAGGCGGGCGGCGAUGAUCCUCAAGGAGAGGCCAGAUGACCAAGGCGCUGGCGAGGACAGGGCCCGGCAGAAGGACGAAGGCAGCAUCCGCAAGGGCUAUGACUCCUUGGUGCAGAACCCGCCUGGCCAGCUGCAGAGCCACAGGGCUCGGCUCCACCAGCAGAUCAGCAAGGAGCUGCGGAUGAGGACUGGUGCUGAAAACCUCUACAGAGCCACCCGCAACAGCUGGGUCCGAGAGACAGUCGCCUUGGAGCUGAGUUAUGUCAACUCCAACCUGCAGCUGCUGAAAGAGGAGCUGGCGGAGCUGAGCAGCAGCAUAGAUGUGGACCAGCCAGAGGGUGAAAGUGUUACUAUUCCCAUGAUCCCCCUGGGCCUGAAGGAAACCACGGAGUUGGACUGGGCCACACCCCUGAAGGAGCUGAUCUCUGAGCACUUUGGAGAAGAUGGUUCCUCCUAUGAGACAGAGAUCCAGGAACUAGAGGACCUACGGCAGGCCACGAGGACUCCCAGCCGAGACGAGGUAGGCCUGGAUCUGCUUGCAGCCUACUAUAGCCAGCUCUGUUUCCUGGAUGCACGUUUCUUCAGUCCCGCCCGGAGCCCAGGGCUGCUCUUCCACUGGUACGACUCGCUCACGGGGGUCCCGGCACAGCAGCGGGCUCUGGCCUUCGAGAAGGGCAGUGUACUGUUUAACAUUGGGGCACUCCACACGCAGAUCGGAGCGCGGCAGGACUGCGCCUGCGCCGAGGGCGCCACCCAUGCCACUGAGGCUUUCCAGAGGGCUGCUGGGGCUUUCAGACUCCUGAGAGAGAACUUCUCCCAUGCACCGAGCCCAGACAUGAGUGCCGCCUCCCUCUCCAUGCUGGAGAAGCUCAUGGUUGCCCAGGCACAGGAGUGCAUCUUCAAAGGCUUCCUGCUGUCAGCCUCUGCAACACCUGACAACGGUCUGGCUCAGCUGCAGUUGGCUCAGGAAGCUGCCCAGGUGUCAGCUGAGUAUGGCCUUGUGCACCGGGCCAUGGCCCAGCCGCCUGUCAGAGACUACCUGCCCACCUCCUGGACUAACCUGGCACGUGUCAAGGCUGAGCACUUCUGCGCCCUGGCCCACUAUCACACAGCCAUGGCCCUCUGCGAAAGCUCCUCAGCCAAGGGAGAACUCUCAAGGCAGGAGCACGCCUCCCAGCCCUCAACUACCUGUGAGCCCCAAGGCCCCACGCUGCCGCAGCACCCGGAGGAACGCAGGAAACUUGCCAAGGCCCACCUGAAGCGUGCCAUCCUGGGCCAGGAGGAGGCGCUGCGGCUUCACACUCUGUGCAGAGUCCUGCGCCAGGUGGACCUGCUCCAGGUUGUGGUGACACAGGCCCUGCGGCACUCGCUGGCCAAGUACUCGGAGCUUGAGCGCGAGGAUGACUUCUUCGAGGCUGUGGAGGCCCCCGACAUCCAGCCCAAGACCCAGCAGGCACCAGAGGUGAAGAUGCCCAGCCUGUCCCAGAUGAAGGUGAUCGACUUCUUCCAUCGUCUGGGUCCCCUGUCUGUGUUCUCAACCAAGAACCGGUGGCAGCUGGUAGGACCGGUGCGCAUGACCCGAGGAGAGGGUGGCUUCGGUUUUACCCUGAGGGGGGACUCCCCCGUCCUCAUCGCUGCCGUCGUUCCCGGGGGCCAGGCUGAGUCUGCCGGCCUGAAGGAGGGUGACUACAUCGCGUCGGUGAAUGGGCAUCCUUGCAAGUGGUGGAAGCACGUGGAGGUGGUGGCCCAGCUGAGGGGCACGGGCGAGGAAGGCGUGAGCCUGGAGGUCGUGUCCCUGCUGCCCGGCCCCGAACCACGCAGCACGGGACCCCGACGUUCAGCACUGCUGUGGGGCCAGAGAGAGUGUGGUUUUGAGACACCGGUGUCUGCACGUGCCCGCCCCUGGCCCAUCCUUGGCUGGAGCCGCAAGACCAGACAAAACAAACCCAGGAGCCACCCUGACCCCUGCACCAACAGGAACUGUGUCACCUGUCCCUGAGUUGGGCACCCUGUACCCCUGUGUGAUCAGAGGGGGGCACCUUCCUGGGCACAGCACCCUGUAACCAGCUCCAGCCAGCCAGGGGUGCCUAGUGCAUUCUGUCCCUCUGCUCUAGGGGACCAUCAGGCUGCCCCCUACCGUGCUUCGAGCUAGAGAUGUCUAUUAAAAAUGCUGGUCAGAGGAGGUGAGUCGGAGCCCAGUGCUGGGGCCGUGGCUACUUCACUCCAGCGGGAAUAUG